AUGCCGCUCCCUACAUUGUGCCCGGCAUUACGCAAGCAGGCACCGCCAAGGCCCACCGAGACCCGCGCUCAGAGCCCUGGUCCCUUACCGGUGGAGAAUGCGGCGAUCCUCACCCUGACGCCAUCGGGACCCCUUUUUGUGCUGUGCCUCUGCCGUCGGUCGGGAUGCGUGGUCCCUUUUGGCCCCGGUGGUCAACCGUCGGUGGACCAGACUGCGCGACCGCCAGAUUGUCGAUCACUGCAACAGAAGCAAUCAUCGGAUCAGGGGGGGGCCUGUCUCAUGAGAUCGGGGAGGGACAACGUGCCCAACGACAUCGGUGGCGCUCCUAGCGGGCGAUAG